AUGCGCUCUCUCGCUCUCUCCUUCACUCUUCUCAGUGCAUACGCCGCAGCGACGAACAUCGUGAUAUCCAAUGAUGAUGGAUGGGCGACCGCUCAAAUCCGCCAGCAAUAUGAUGUCCUCACGGGCGCGGGCCAUAGUGUGAUCCUUUCUGCUCCCGCAUUGAACCAGUCAGGCAAGGGCUCCUUGUCCAAGACGCCUAGCCCUCUAACCGAGCCCUGCGAGUUCGACUCCUGCCCUGCUGGUUCCCCUGCGACAGGAUCCAAUGCUACCAAUUCACGCUUGAACUAUGUCAACGGAUACCCCGUCGACGCCGCGAGAUUCGGCAUCCAGACCCUCGCCCCCCAGUUGCACGGGGCUCCGCCCGACUUCGUCGUCAGCGGCCCCAACAUUGGCAGCAAUCUCGGGCUCGUCGUCCUGUUCUCCGGCACCGUUGGCGCCGCAUGCGAAGCCGCGCGUUCAGGCAUCCCCGCGGCAGCCUUCUCCGGGGUAUCCGGCUCCCAGGUCUCCUACACGACCCUCGAUUCCGACCCGAGGGGCGCCUCCACCCUCGCCGCGCAGAUAUACUCCAACCUGACCGCCGACUUCGUCCAGGCCGUCACCUCUACCCCAGGCGCGGUCCUCCCGCCUGGUGUGAUCGCGAACGUGAACUAUGCCGCGAUCGACAGCUGCCCGACCUCGUCCAGUUACAAGUGGGUCUUCUCGCGGCUCGUGUGGGACCCGCUCCAGACAGACGCGGCGACGUGCGGCACGCAGCACCUGCCGUCCGAGUCGAGCGUGGUAGACGCGGGAUGCUACGCGAGCGUGUCGGUGAUCAGCUCGUCGAGCAAGCUGGACGUGAACGCGACGCUGCAGAGCCAGGUGUUUGACAGGCUGCAGAGCCUGCCGGUGACAUGUCUAGAUUGA